AUGUUUGGAACUAAAAGCUUAUUCGGUAACACAACAACAUCUACACCUUUCUCCACAACUCAACAAGUUACUCAAUCUGCACAGAAUGCUCAAUCUGUCGCUCAAAUCUGCGCUGUAAGUUUAAAACUUUGUUAUUUGUUUAUUUUUUAGGACACCAACGUGUUGUUGAAGUCGUUGUGUGGUCCAGAACUAUUUAACGAUGAAAAGGACAGAGUUGUGGCUAGACUAAAUCAAGUUCAAGUUGGAUUAGGUAUUGGCAGUGGAUAUUAUGCCAACGACAAGCCGGCUGUCGAUUACAAUGCCAAGAACAUCUUCCACAGGUUCAAAGGAGUUGUUUAUAACAAGAUCUCAGAAGCUUCCGACGAUGAUGGAAUCUGUGGAUUGAUUCUGAAUGUUCCUUAUAAUCAAAUUGCAGAUGCUGCUCAGCAAAGUAAUGUAAGUGUUAUAUUUGGUAUAAUAAGUUUAGGAGAUAAAGAUGAGUAUCUAUUAUAUAAUAAGUUCAAAAAACUGGGAUAUAAUUUAACCUUUUGUAAAACUAUUGAUUUUAUUAUAUUAUUUUAGUUAGCCAGCAAAGUAGACGAUAUCAUUGGUCAGAAGCAAGCAGUUAACACAAUUGUUGAGAGAGUUAAACCAGUAGAUAACGCUCAAACAGAAGUUCUUAUUCACGUAUUUGAAAAAGGAAUGGGGAAGGUCAGAGCGACACAUUUGUUCAAGUUCUUGUCUCAGCCAGACAAGAUGAAAGCUCUUGAAACACAGUUAAAGUGCACCAAAAUAGUACCACUGGUCUCGCUGAGUUCAGAUUCAAAAGAAAAGUACUUGAACAACGCUCCAGAUGGCUUCAGUCCUCAGUUGUGGCUUCAAGGAGUACGAUCUAAUCCUCAUCCGAACAACUUCUUACCUGCACCAGUUUAUGGCUUUGAUCAGUUGCUGGAGAGACACAAGAUGCAGAAGGUAUCAGACACUGCACUACAAACAAGUUUGGGACAUGCUGACGAGAAGAGGGAGAAUCUGGAGAAGGCCAUCAAUUGGGAUGUGAGUAAAGUGAAGGCUUUGGCCAACGCUCACAAGGAGUUGUCUCAUCGGUUGCUGAGGAUAGCGUGUGCCAUUUUGAAGGACAGCAGACAAGGAUAUGGGCUGGCACAGCGAGAGGACAAGUUGUCGGCUUCAGCUGAGCAAUGUAAUGCCAUGUUAUUCUCUCCUAAUGCUUUGAAGGUAAGGUUUGUGUUGUUAUUUAACACUUAAAGUUAACUGUUAUGAAACGAUGGGUUAUUGAGAAUGAGCGAUAUUGAAAUUGCGAAUCUUUUUUACUUUUUUUCAAGUUGCAGUAGUUUGUAUUAAGUUUUCUUCUUCUAGGACAGAAUAAAUGCCAUCUUCACCUUGUUAGAAUCAGAUCAAGACAAACUGAAGGAAUACUUUGGUAUGAUUGAUCUUCGCCUGACUGAGGACGAAGCUUCAGAAGCCAAGUUCUGUUUGUCGUCAGUUCAGAACAAGCUUGAGAAAAUGAGGUCACUUCAAACAAAGGAUGCCAAAGAUCUCCAAGUAAUCGAGAGUAAAGAGUAACUUAAUUGGACGGUUGUCUGUUGUAAUGGAUAUAAAUAAAUUAAUUUACAUGUCGGUCUAUGUUAUUACUGUAACAAAUGUUGAUUUACAUAUAAUUAUUUGUAAUUGCUUAUUCUGAAAAUAUUUUUGUGGUUUUCUAGUUUAAAAGUUAUAUUAUAGUAGGUAGAAAAAAAGUAUUUAAUGAGAUACAAUUGCAGAAUGUCAAGACAAAAUCCGAUUGGAAUUGAUAAGCUGGCGGCUUUAAGGAUAUCGUAUCUUGAGCAAAGUGCAGCGUUAUUGGCUAAAAUAGGUAUGAACUUUUUUGAUGGAAUAUGUAUAUUAUUAUUAAUUUGUAUAGUAAAAAUUUUCGAAAACAACUUUUUUUAUACAAGACGCCUUGAGGGCAUAAGGCUAUCAUUUUUGCGAUGUUUAUUUAAUUACUGUAAUAUAAAGUACAUAAAACUCUAUUCUACAACAAAUAAUCAACCAUCUUUUAGGUGAUACUCCAAGCGAUUUCUACAGUAAACUCUCCUCACAUAUGAUGACAGAACUAAAGGAGUAUAAAUAUGUAGAGCAAAUAAAAACAGACCAAACAAUAUCUAGAAGUCGUUGUAAACAGUGUCGCCACUACUUUGUAUCUAAAGAUAAUGGCACAAUGUCAGUUAAAGUGACAAAACAAAAGAAACGAAUAGUCAGGACUUGUUUGAAUUGUAAUCACCAGGUUUCGUAUCUUCAUAAUCCAUCGUAUAAGAGUAGGAACGAGAAGAAAUAA